CUAACUCUACUUUUCUCCAUUGUGAACUCCAUCAAACCGAAAAAAAGGUCAAUUCUCAAAACCCUCUCUCCUCUUUGUCACAAUUUGCCAAUUCCUGUGGUCUUGACUUUUCCCAGUUGAAGCAUUUUCAAUUCUCUCUACCCAUUUCCAUUUCUUCAUCAAAAUCUCUUAUCCCCUUCAUAAUUUUCUUCACACUAUGCUCUCUUCUCGCCUCACCGUCCUUGAAAAUUUUCAUUUCCUUUCAUACCCACUUGGAUUUACUUAGAUUUUCUCGCCCUUAGAUCUGAAUUGAAACAUGGGUUCUACUUGGAAGAAGGUGAAAGUAGCUCUCGGCUUGAAUAUGUGCCUCUAUGGCCCUCGAAAUCUCCAUGAUUCUUUGCCUUCCAUGGCUUCUAGGUUCUCCGACGCCGCCGCGCCGUCCAAUUUGCUUUCUCCGGCUAGUUUUAGCUCUGAUUGCCGCCCGGCAGCGACACCCACUCCGUCGUCUUCCAGUCUCAGGCUCUCCAAAUACUCAACCAGAUCAUCUAAGAGGACAUGUGCGAUUUGCCUGACUGCUAUGAAGCCGGGAAAAGGCCAUGCUAUCUUCACCGCCGAGUGUUCCCACUCAUUUCAUUUCCAUUGCAUAACCUCAAAUGUUAAGCAUGGAAACCAAAUUUGCCCGGUUUGCAGGGCCAAAUGGAAAGAGAUUCCUUUCCAGAGCCCUGCUUCAGAGCUUCCAAAUGGAAUGAUGAGAAUCAAUCAAAUUGAUUGGUCACGAGAUGAUUCCUGGAUGACUGUUUUAAGAAGGGUUCGUCCCCCACCGAUUGAUGCACCUAGGCAGAUAGCAUCUCUAUCUCAUGAGCCGGAACCAGGCCUGUUUGACGAUGAUGAAGUCCUAGAUCAUCAGUCUAGCAUUCCUGAUGGAGGAACGUCUGUUGUAGAUGCUGUUGAUGGUUCUAUUGGAACAAUUGAGGUUAAGACAUAUCCUGAAGUUUCAGCUGUUGCUCGAUCGGCAAUUCAUGAUAAUUUCACUGUAUUAGUGCAUAUCAAGGCUAGUCUUACAAAUCAGAGGCAACAUUCUUGUGAAAAUCAAUCCCCAUUUACUCCGUCUCAAAGCUCUCGUGCUCCAGUUGACCUUGUUACUGUUCUUGAUGUCAGUGGGAGCAUGGCUGGUACUAAGCUUGCUUUGCUUAAACGAGCAAUGGGUUUUGUGAUACAGAACCUAGGCCCCUCGGAUCGGCUUUCAGUAAUUUCCUUCUCCUCUGCAGCACGACGCCUCUUUCCUCUCUGUCGGAUGACCGAAAGUGGACGACAACAGGCAUUACAAGCUAUUAAUUCUUUGAUUUCAAAUGGUGGAACAAACAUCAUUGAUGGCUUAAAGAAAGGGACCAAAGUAUUAUUGGAUCGAAAGUGGAAGAAUCCUGUUUGUAGUAUUAUGUUACUUUCGGAUGGUCAGGAUACAUAUACUUUUGGCAUUGGUAGUUCACAUCCCGAAACUGACUAUCGUUCACUUCUUCCGGUAUCAAUCCAUCGCAAUAACAACACAGAAUUGCAGAUACCUGUUCAUUCUUUUGGUUUCGGCACUGACCAUGAUGCUACGGCAAUGCACUCUAUCUCUGAGAUUUCAGGGGGAACGUUUUCCUUUGUAGAAGCAGAGGGUACAAUCCAGGAUGCAUUUGCGCAAUGCAUUGGAGGGCUCUUGAGUGUUGUUGUGCAACAGCUUCAGGUUAGAAUUGAGUGUGUUCAUCCUAGUUUGCAGCUCAGUUCACUGAAAGCAGGAAAUUACCGAUCGAACAUCAUGGCAAGCUCAAGAAUUGGCACUAUAGAUGUUGGAGAUUUGUAUGCUGAAGAAGAAAGAGACUUUUUGGUGACGAUCAAUGUACCAGUUGAUAGUUCCAAUGAUGAGAUGCCAUUGCUCAAUGUCAAAUGUACUUACCGAAAGCCCAUCACGAAUGAAAUGGUGACUUUAGAAGACAUCGAAGAGGUAAAGAUAAGAAGGCCUAAUGUGAUUGGAGAACAAUCUGUAUCAAUAGAAGUCGACAGGCAAUGCAAUCGGGUACUUGCCUUGGAGUCAAUGGCCAAGGCUAGAGUUGCGGCCGAACGUGGUGAUUUGGCCAAUGCAGUGUCUGUCUUGGAGAACUGUUAUAAGGCAGUAUCAGAAAGUAUCUCAGGACAAGCUGGUGAUCAUUUGUGCACUGCACUUUGUGCUGAGCUGAAGGAGAUGAAGGAAAGAAUGGAAAACCAACGCAUCUACGAGGCUUCGGGAAGGGCGUAUGUUCUAUCAGGAUUAAGCUCUCAUUCAUGGCAGCGAGCCACUGCACGUGGUGAUUCAACACGCAACGGAAGCCUUGUGCAAGCUUACCAAACUCCAUCAAUGGUAGACAUGUUGACACGGUCUCAAACCAUGUUAUUAGGGAACCCAACACCACGGCCCCAAAGAACACUCCGCCCUACCAUGACGUUUCCUGCUCGAACUCGUCAACGGUAACCAACGGUACUAUCCAAAACUUCAUCCUGCUUGCCAUUGUUGUAGACAUUUUCAUUUUUGCUCUUUUUUUUUUCUUUUUCUGCUGCCAUUCAUCCUUUCUUUUUUUUUUUUUUUUUUUUUUUUUUUUUUUGGUGGUAUUUGGAGUUUUGUUGGGGGGGUGUAUAUUUACCUGGAGUUUUGGUGGGUAUACUUCCUUGUUGUAAGUUGUAAAUGAAUAAGAAUUGGGGGGGUGAAAUAUGUUAAAUUUGGAGGUAGUGAACAACUGUUAAAAGGCCUUGUUUGGGGAGAUUGGUUUACUCAAGUGUGAUUUUGGUUGGAGGUAUAGAAGUGAAUUAUGGGAUAAUUGUUGUGAGUUUCUCACUAACUAUGGUAUACUACUCCUAAUUCUUUUACAA